AUGCACCUCCCAAGAGCAGCAGUUAUAGAAAAGCACCUCCCAACAAUAGCAGUUUUGGACAUGCCACUGCCUAACAACAGCAGAUAUGGAUAUCCACCUCCCAAGACGAGCAGUUAUGGAUGUGCACCUCCCAACAACAGCAGUUAUACACAUGCACCUCACAACAACAGCAGUUAUGGACAUGCACCUCCCAAGAGCAGCAGUUAUGGACAUGCAACUCCCAAGAGCAGCAGUUAUGGACCUGCACCUCCCAAGAGCAACAGUUAUGGACAUGCACCUCCGAACAACAUCAGUUAUGGACAUGCACCUCCCAACAACAGCAGUUAUGGACAUGCAACUCUCAAGAGUAGCAGUAAUGUACAUGCACCUCCUAAGAGCAGUAGUUAUGGACAUGCAUCUCCCACCAACAACAGUUAUGCACAUGCACUUCCAAAGAGCAGCAGUUAUGGACAUGCACCUCCCAAGAGCAACAGUUAUCGACAUGCACCUCCCAACAACAGCAGUUAUGGACAUGCACCUCCCAAGAGCAGCAGUUAUGGACAUGCACCUCCCAAGAGCAACAGUUAUGGACAUGCACCUCCGAACAACAUCAGUUAUGGACAUGCACCUCCCAACAACAGCAGUUAUGGACAUGCAACUCCCAAGAGUAGCAGUUAUGGACAUGCACCUCACAACAGCAGCAGUUAUGGACAUGCAACUCCAAAGAGCAGCAUUUCUAGACAUGCACCUCCCAAGAGCAGCAGAUAUGGACAUGCACCUCCCAAGAGCAGCAGUUAUGGACAAGCAGCUCCCAAGAGCUAUAGUUAUGGACAUGCACCUCCCAACAAUAGCAGUAAUGGACAUGCACCUCCCAAGAGCAGUAGUUAUGGACAUGCAUCUCCCACCAACAACAGUUAUGGAUAUGCAUUUCCCAAGAGCAGCAGUUAUGGACAUGCACCUCCCAAGAGCAACAGUUAUUGA